AUGACGGUCAAGCAGCUAGCCGCAGCCGGCGGGUCCUCCGCUCACCACGCAGCCCAGGCGCACGCCCACCAACCGCAUCACCUCAAGUACGGCAACAUCAUUGCGAGCGGGUUCGCGCCCGACGACUCUGACGACGAACAAGAUGAUCCCAUUGAAGACGAAACCUUCUCUGGCGGUUCGACCCUCAACACCACCGCCUCGACCUCCUCCGCACCACGAGAUGCCGCCUCGCGCCGCUAUCGCAACCUGGAGCGGCUCGACGCUUCUUCCCGUGAGCUCCACUCCACCCGUCGGUACCUCUUCCGCCGCCCGCGCGCGCUCCAGUACUUCCGGGGCAACACCCUCGUCCGUUCCUCGGCCGAACGCUCCUCGCAUCGGCUCGAGCUGUUCUUCGACCUGGUGUUCGUCGGACUCAUCGCGACGCUUGCCGAGGAGGCGAUUCACGAGCACACCUGGGGCGGCAUUGUGCGAUAUGUAUUGACGUACACCGCAGCGUGGAUGGUGUGGAACUACAUGCGCGAGGUGUUCAAUGCGUUUUUCGUCGAUGACCUACCGCAGAGGGUGCUGGUGUUGGGCGUCAUGGCGUGCCUCGUGGUGUUUGGGAACAACGCACCGAACGCCGAAGAGCUGCACGAAGAGUCCGGUGCGAGAGCAACCGCGAUCGGGACGUACCUGUUGGCGGGCGGGAUGGUGUUCAGCGUCAUGACAGCCUACUCGUUCUACAUCUGCCAGUAUCGCAUCCAGAUUCGCGCACAAGCCACCGUCUGGCUCAUCCUACUCACUCUAUGGAUCAGCUCGAUCUUCGUUUCCACCCGCACCUGCAUCGCUAUGGUCAGCAUCGCUCUAGUACUCGAGUACGCCUCGUGGCUGUUCUUCUACAGCCCGUUGUUCAAACGCCUCGCCAAGCUGCGAUACAGCUCGGCGGUGGCGAUCGAGCACGAGAUCGACCGCUUUACGGAUUUUGUCACGCUAGUCCAUGGCGAGUUCCUGUACAGCGUUCUAUCGGGUCAACCCGUUGGAACGGGGUUGCACUCGGGUGUCGCGCGAACACUCCUCACUGUAGUGAUCGCGUUUGUGCUUCAUGGCAUGUAUUGUACCGGCGCAGGCAGUAGAAGGAUCACCCACCCAAUCAGACGGUCAAUGUGGCACGCUCUGCCGUAUUUCGGAUUGCACCUGCCUUUGGUUUCGGCGAUAACAUUGUGCGGUGAUGCAACGGCGGAAUUGGUCAAGGAGAACGAGGUGGCGCAGGGGGUGAGGUGGAUCUUUGCUGGAUCGUAUGCGGUCGGUGUUGUGUGCAUGACCCUGCUGGUGAUGUUGGAGACGGAGCACGACGAUAAAGGCGAGCUGUACUUUUCGAAAGCCGUACGGAUCGCACCGAGAUUCGUGGCGGCGAUAGUGGUGGCACUAUUGCCGCUGGCAGAUCAGGAGCGGGUGAACUCGACGGCGCUACUUGGUGCAGCGGCGGCGUUGGGAGGUGGCGCGUGGAUGUGGCAGGAGUUGGGGUCGUUGGACGGUCCGAAUGCGGCAUGGUACCAAAAGGGUCAGGUUCAGGGUGCCGAAGGGCAAGAGGAAACACAGGCGGGUAGGAGGACGUGGAAAGGCUUUCCAACGCUCGUCGAGCCAGGUGCGUGGAUCGUGGACUCGACCAGGCAGCGGGGUCGCUCGACCACGUUUGAACAGGAGUCUCGUCCGGCUGCCACGGCGACAGAGGCAGCUGACGAAGUGCACACGUCGCAUUCCAAGCUUUCAGACGUCUGA